UAUAACUAAAAUGCGCUUGGCUGAGUAGUGUCCAUUCUUAUUAGGAAUAGUUUUCUUUCCAACAGACUCAGCAGAACGACGCUGCCUCAGCAGAUAUGGAAGAAUGUUCAGUGUCUUCAGUGUUAUCGCAUGUUGUUCGUACACACUCACAGGGACUUUCGCUGCUUCCUAUUCAGCUAUCAGUGUGGGCGUUCCAAUGGAAAUUAUACUUCCAUCCAUGUUUGGGGAUCUGAUGAAGUUAGGAAAUGCCGCAGGUGAGGCACAGUUCAUCAACUUCUGCUUCUUCUUACGCCAGCGUUUUUCUGUUCUGAACGACAAUUUGACAAAACUGCAGAUGGACACAAGGAAGACGAAACUGGACCACUGGUUUAACGACUCAUCGCAAAAGGCUCCAUAUGGCAAUAAGAGUCCACCGAACCACCUGAUGAAGUAG